GAUUUCCUUGGGUUGUUUCCAUCGCCCUAAAUGCCUAACUUCCACACGGGUGUGUGUUUAGUGUUAUGCUAUAAUUCGCAUGCCAUUUCCUAUCGAUUAUAUAAUCAUGUAUAAAAUUAAAAAAAGACUAACCGCUAUUAUUUGCUCCCCCAAUAAAAUGACAAUGGGCAUCAACGCAUCGUAUUUACGGUUACAAUUGUAUCCUCAUUUUCAUCACUAACCAUAAGUUCUCUCUUUCUCGAAUAACCAUGGCAAGCAAUGGUGCGCUAGUAUGGAUUGACUGCGAGAUGACGGGUCUUGACCCUGAUCGUGAGGAAAUCAUUGAGAUUUUCUGUAUUAUCACAUCGGGUACGCUAGAUGUCUUAGACGAUAAUGGUUGGGGAACCGUCAUCCACCAGUCACAGGAGAGGAUGGACAAGAUGGACGAAUGGUGUACGCGGACGCAUGGGAAUAGCGGCUUGACGGCUGCCGUGGUGUCCUCUAAGGUGACCCCUGAACAAGCAGCAGAUGAAUUGCUAGCAUACAUUAAGAAAUAUGUACCAGAGCGAGGCGCAGUGUUGGCCGGCAAUAGUGUACACGCAGACCGAGCAUUCCUUCGAAAAGAGCCGUACAAGAAAGUAGUCAGUUACCUACAUCACCGAAUCCUGGAUGUCAGCACUCUAAAGGAGGCCGCGCGGCGAUGGUGUCCUAGAAGCAUUAUAAAAAAUGCACCGACAAAGCAGGGACUGCACCAAGCGAAAGAGGAUAUCCUCGAGAGUAUUGCUGAGGCUCGAUAUUACAAGGAGGUGAUUUUCGACCACGCCGUUGAGCACGUUGAUAAAGCAAACGACGGGACAAGUCAAGGGUAGACUAUAUUACGUAGCUGGUAGUCUAACAAUGGGCGUAUAGCUCAAAUCCCUCAAAGUGUUUUAAUAUUGUAUCCAGUAGAAUAGAUGAUACAGUAUCGAAAUAUCUCCAAUUUUCAGCAUGGCGUUCACGACGGCGUCUGUCGCGGUAUCGG